GUGCCCCGGAAGCAAAUGCGCUGAACGCCGGAACCCUGCGCGAGGAGAUGGCUAUGUGGUGGCUGGGGAAGGCCCCCGCCUGCGCUGCCUGGAGGAGCGUCCUUGCGGUACCCCGGCGCACAGAGUACCAGCACCGCACCGUUCCCAUCUUCUCCCCGGCGCCUUACUUGGCCUUCCCCCGCCUGAGCUCCAAGCGCCCUUCUUCUGCCUCUGGCCUCUGUAACUGGUUUCCUGGGCCCACGCAGCCCAGCUGGCUCACUUCUGGGCUGGCCUCGGGGCCAAGCAGGUGUGGCAGUUCGACAGCAGAAGCUCCUGCCACGAAAGUUGAAGAUGACUCCUUCCUCCGGUGGUUCCUGCUUCUCAUCCCAGUGACCGCCUUUGGCCUGGGGACGUGGCAGGUCCAGCGUCGGAAGUGGAAGCUGAAGCUGAUCGAAGAGCUGGAGUCUAGAUUUAUGGCUGAGCCUGUCCCUCUGCCCGCAGACCCGAUGGAGCUGAAGAACCUGGAGUACAGGCCCGUGAGGGUCCGGGGGCACUUUGACCACUCCAAGGAGCUGUACAUGCUGCCACGGACCAUGGUGGACCCGGCCCGGGAGGCUCGGGAGGCCGGCCGGCUCUCCUCCUCGGUCCAGAGCGGCGCCCAUGUCAUCACGCCUUUCCACUGCACCGACUUGGGAGUCACCAUCCUGGUCAACAGAGGGUUUGUCCCUCGGAAGAAGCUGAGCCCUGACAUGCGGCAGAAAGGCCAGAGAGCACAGUGCCCGGGGGGCCCAUCGGAGGGCAGACCAGGGCCACCCUGCGGAACGAGCACAUGCAGUACAUCGUCACCUGGUAUGGACUCUGUGCGGCCACAUCCUACCUGUGGGCGAAGAAAUUCCUACGUGGGACUCGGGGCACAUGACAUGGUCGUCCAGGUCCCCCCGAGCUCAGGACGUCCGGGCUCGUGCCGGCUACACAGUCGUAUCAAUAAACCACUGGCUGCUACACACACUGCGCCCUCCUUUCUGCCCAGACAAGCUAAUGCCCCGGUCCCACCACGCAGCACCGAGACCACUUGUUCGGAGCUGCCUGUGUGCCUGCUGUGACUGGCGCUGACACGCGAGGGCCCCGGUCUGAAGGCGAGCUCGCCGCCACCCCCAUGUCCUCGUGGCCCGAAGGUCAGUCACUCUCACA